UGACUGGGAGCCAGCCUUACCAGCGCGGGAGGGAGGGUUUAACCAUUAACCUUCAUUAACCAUUAAGGCAGCUGUGGGAGAGGAGCCGGUAACGUACAUAAGGCGUGCGCACCGGCGUCCACGCCUCAGCUUGAGCGCUUUACCAAGAGGUGGAGGAUUCAUCUACAUCCAAGCCACUCGAGUCAGCGUGUUCUUACAGCUCAUCAUUCCGGUUCGCCCGCUUCUCCUCUCCGGACCACCGAUAGAAAAAGGUGACUGUCCACUUUGCUUGGAGGUGCAGUGCUUUCCCCGCAACCCGUAAUUCAAUCUUCAUACUGCAGGUCUUUAAAUAUCUCUUGCUUGAAAACCUGCCAGGAGCCACGUGGUGUAAGGUGAGACAUCCCCAGCCCAGUACACCGACCAGUCUGACAUGAUCAGUGAACCGAGAGCAUGACCAGUCUGCACCGCAAUAAGACCAGAGACUUCUGAUUUAUUUUUUUCUUCAGCUUUUACUUUGCUUUAAAGGACUUUUUAGAAGUGACUGGAGGGGAUUUCUUUGGUGAGUCCCUAACUUCCUUUGUUUUUCCUUUCUCUACUGUUUUGAAACAGUAUGCUUUCUUCUUUUUGCUGUUGACUACCCUAAGCACCCUGCAGUGAAUGGAGAACAUACUGGUUCUGCUCCCGAAGCACCGACAGGAACACGGGCUCUGCAGACACUCGGCUGCAUGUGCCUUGCUGCAGGUUUUUUCCUACAGAGCAGUUUUCUCUUGGUCUUUAAUAGCGACCCCCACACCUUGUAAGCCUCUUUAAUGGGAUAAAUCAAUUGGACUGAUCAGGUGUAAAACCAGAUCAGGUAGCCAAUUCCUGUCAAAUUUCCCCAAAACUGUCAGGCCAAGGCAACCUUACCGUUUCUUUUUCAAGCCCAUUGUCUUCAAAAGGCUUCCGCAUGGUACUUUGGUCGAAAGAACAAGACAAAGUCCCCGACAUCGACAUGUCAUCUGGGGCCAUUGAGGUGAAGAAAGAGGGAGGCCCCCUUACCCCAGCCUUCCUCAACUCAAACAGCGCCGUACACCCGGUGAUCCUCACCAAGGGCCCAGAGGAGGUGAGCCCAGGUACAGGGGUCGAGCUCGAGCUCACAGAGGUUACAAAUUUCAACGAGAGGGCUGCUGAGAACGGGGAGGAUGAGGAGAGGUCUGAGAUUGUGGUGGCCAUGGACUGCCGGGCCAAUGCUAAAGGACAGCGGGAGGAGGACGCUCUCUUGGAGAACGCAAGCCAGAGUAAUGAGAGUGAUGACACCAGCACUGACCACAGCCCAGAACCACCAGCACCACUGAAAGAGACCUCCUUCACCAUCGGACUGCAGGUGGUGUUCCCCUUCCUGCUGGCAGGGUUUGGGACAGUGGCUGCUGGAAUGGUGCUAGACAUCGUCCAGCACUGGACGGUGUUUAUGGAGGUGUCCGAGGUGUUCAUCCUGGUUCCUGCGCUGCUGGGACUCAAAGGCAACCUGGAGAUGACGCUGGCAUCCAGACUUUCAACAGCGGCUAAUAUUGGUCAGAUGGACACAGCCAAGGACAUGUGGAAGAUGAUCAUGGGGAACUUGGCACUCAUACAGGUCCAGGCUACAGUCGUGGGUUUCCUGGCCUCCAUAGCUGCUGUGAUCUUUGGCUGGAUCCCAGAGGGACACUUCAGGAUGGGCCAUGCUGUCCUGCUCUGUGCCUCCAGUGUAGCCACGGCUUUCAUCGCCUCUUUGCUGCUAGGACUCAUCAUGAUCGGAGUGAUCAUUGCGUCCAGAAAAGUGGGCAUCAACCCUGACAAUGUGGCCACGCCCAUUGCUGCUAGCCUGGGUGACCUGAUCACCCUGUCCCUGUUGGCAGGAGUCUCUACAGGACUGUACAAAGAACUAGAGUACAAUGACUACGCCAACCCACUGGUGUGUGCAGUGUUUGUAGCAAUGUGCCCCCUUUGGGUGCUGAUAGCCAGGAAGAUCCCAUCCACCAGAGAGCUCCUCUACUCCGGAUGGGAGCCAGUCAUCAUUGCCAUGGCCAUCAGCAGUGUUGGUGGUUUGAUCCUGGAUAAGACCGUCACCAACCCAAACUUUGCUGGCAUGGCUGUCUUCACCCCAGUCAUCAAUGGUGUGGGAGGUAAUCUGGUCGCAGUUCAGGCAAGCAGAAUCUCCACCUAUCUACACAUGAACGGUCUACCUAUGGGGGAUCCCAACCCCACCCCGAGGAAGUGCCCCACACCCUGCACCUCCUUCUUCGGCUCCUCUGUGAACUCUCGUUCAGCCCGUGUGCUCUUCCUCCUGGUUGCCCCUGGUCAUCUAGUCUUCCUCUACACCAUCAACUCCCUGAGGGGAGGCCACACCACCCUGACACCCAUCUUCAUUACCUUCUACCUGGCUGCUGCACUGCUUCAGGUGAUGCUCCUCCUCUACCUGGCAGACUGGAUGGUCCACUGGAUGUGGGGUCGAGGCAUGGACCCAGACAACUUCUCCAUCCCCUACCUGACUGCCCUGGGUGACCUGCUAGGGACCGGCCUCCUCGCCCUCUGUUUCCACAUGCGCUGGUUCAUUGGGGACAGAGACUCUAAUGUGGGCAACUGAAUGCAUGCACAACAAAAUGAAAAGAACACACUGUACCCUUGCGCGCACACACACAGUGGCAAACACCACCUGUAUGCCUGAAUGUUAUCUGAAAGUAGACAACCUCUACAACAAAGGGCUAAUCUUCUGUAGGGCUCUGAUUGAAGGUACAGGGAUUUUGUAGUGUUUCACUUCAGGAUAUCGGGACACUGUGCACCACAGUAGCAGCCUGAACAGUGUCCGGGGUUCAUGAAGGAGACUCAAGUAUCUCCAGCAACCCCUGAACAAAACCCCCAAUGGAUCCAGCAGGACAUGCUACUUCUCCUUCUUUAUCUUAAUUAACAACUGAGUCCUAAUACUUUUGUUGUUAUCUUAUUGACAAUGAUUGUUACUGUUGAUGAAAUUGAUAAGAAUUGUUAUCUGCUCUAUGUGCAGGGCCAGUCCUCAUUAUUUUCAAUGGGGACGUUAGCUCUUUGGUUUUUAGAAAAAGAAAUUAUAACACUUAAAACAAAAAUAAAUCCAAACAAGCCUUGAAUGCUUAAUCACCAAGUGCUUUUUGAAGAAUGAAUGCAAAUGUAAUGUGUCUAAUCUGAUUUAGAAGACUGCAUCUAUCCAGCUAUUAGUCUGCUUUACUUUCUGAUAGUUUAACUGGAGGGAACUUGACCACAGUAAACAAGCAAAACCCCUUUCUAGACACAGCCAGAGCAGGAUUUGUGGUUAUAUCUAUAAGCUUGCCUCCUCUUACUUAAAGGCUCGUGAAUUAGGGAUAUCAGACCAAUUCAGAAUCAAACGAUAGGUCAGCCACUAUAAAAACGGUUUCAUCCUAUGACUUUGUUAGCUUUUGUAAGCUUUUGUAAGCUUUUGUGAAUCACCAAAUUAAUGCCUGCCUAGAUUUUUUUAAAAGUGUGAUUGUGUUUUCAUUCAUACUGAAGCUUGUAUCUAAUUCCUUAAGUUUCUUCAAGGGUUUAGGUACUUCCUCAUGAUGGUUAACUCUGCUGAAAACCAUCAUAAUAUUGUAUCUUGAGACAGAUUUGACUUGGUUUAAAAAAUACACAGAUGCAUAAUGUGUAAAUUCUAUGGCCGCAUAAAAACACAAACCUCCCUGUUGGAUGCAGCUCACAAUGUGCUUUAUGUGAAUUCUAAAAAGUUUGCAUGUCGUAUUUUGUGUGCGCUGUUAUUUCAUGAUGAUAGCAACAGUCUCUGUGUCUGCAACCACACUCACUCAUUGCUGGAUCAGGCUAUUGAUUGUUGUUGUUAUGUUGCCCAAGCCAGGCUUACAGUAAGUGACAAGAGGCUAAACAUGUUGCAAAAACACUUGAAACAACCUGCAGAGCUCAGCCAACUGGGCAUCUUGGAGUGAGAGGUUGCUUUAGCCAGGAUGUGCUGGUACAGUCCAGAUGACAGCUACUGAUUGAUUACAUUUCAAGUGGAUAAUUGAUAUAUUUGAUAAAGUUAAACAAAUCAUUAAAUAUGGUUGAGCAGUGAAACUAAAAGACAGAACUAAAGGUUGUUUUUAGGUUAGCAGCAUGAUCAUGGUGGCUACAGAUAACUGUGGAAAACCUUUCUGGUGUGUUUCAGUUCAUUUUUUAUUAAAUCCAAAUGAACCUGACUAGUAGAAAAAUGUCUGACCCCAGAGCAAACUCAUGUAGCUUUCAAAGCUAAUUGGCUGUUUUCUAACAAGCACUUUGUUAUGCCUCUUCUUACAAAGACAAGAGCUCCCAGCUAGCUUGCAUGUUUCAGAGCUGCUAGCAUGUCAUCAGUGGAAACUCGUGCUUUGGACUAGAGCUUAAAUCAGGCCCAAAAAUCCAGCCUGACCCCUACCAGUGUGUGUUCCCUGAGAGCCAGGUCCAGCCUGGCCUGCCCCAUUUAUUUCUGUUGGCCAGAGCUUGAUUUAAACCACACAUUUUAAAUAAGUUGGCUUUUAUAAUUAAACUUUUAAACUACAGCUCUGAGUUUUCAAAUCAUACAUUUUUUUUCAGAUGGCCUAUUUAAAAACUCUAGCCUUCAAAGUCAGGCCCUAGCCUGUGCCUGGCUUGACCCAGCUUCAUGCUGCGGGUUGGCCAGACCUGGCUGGUCUUGGCUUGAACCUAACCUCUGCUGUGGACCAGUUGCAAAACAACUUCGAGUACAGAUCUCUGAAGGUGCCAAGGCAGAAAUAAAGAAAGUUUCUACCCAGGUGUUCACCAGAAAGUAGGCUGUGAUCACCAGAAAUUUUUUUGUGCAUAAAAAAAGGUUAUUACAUGAGUACAGAAUAGUUUCUGGUGCUCUCAUGAGAAAAUAUUGCCUGUGCACAUUCCUUCUUUCUUGUGAGCACAAGGUAGUUUCUAGUGAGCCUGAAACUAUUAAGUUAUUUUUCCAGACCGUGUCCUGUUUGGGGCUCUGUAUAAAAGUGCUGACCACAUAAGGGCUGAAAUUAAUCAAUCAUCAGAUUCUUCAAGUUUAACACAUUUCAGCCCCUGUUUGUCUCUUUCAUUGAGAAUCAAAUUCCAACUCAAAGCGAUCACUCUGUUCUGUGACAAACCUGAGCUUUUGUAAAGAAUGUUUGGCUGCAUAUUUUCAAAUAAAAGGUCAAAAUCUUCAGCACAUCGGUUAAACAGUAGUUUAUGCCUGGGCUAAUUAUCACCUAUCUUUGAGACUCAUCUGACCAGAGCUGACCUUUCCUUUGAGUAAAAAGAAAAGAAGUGGUUGUGCCAUUUUGACAGGCUAACCCAUUACAAAGUGCAGGUGUUGGUCCUGAGCAGAGACCAGAGAUUUCUUGGAAAAAACUGCAUGUGAUGCUGGUCAGAUGUCUGUGCUGUUUAAGGGGCCAGCUGAAAGCAUGUGCAGGGCACAUAGUGUGAAUGUGCAAAACUUGAUUAUCUUACCUGUUAGAAAUCGUUCUUUUUCGUCUGUUUUUUUAAAAUGUGUCAAUUAUGUGAACAUUGUGAUUUUUUUCUUUUGCUAUUCCUUUCCUCUUUUACUUAAUCUAUUGAUCUCUUGUGAUUUUUUGUCUUGAAACGCAGCAAACAACAACGGAAAAGAAAAAGGACUUCUUAACACUGAUCAAACACACAAAGUACUGUAAUAUGCAAAAUGGACACCAGAGGGCACUGCAGGGAUUGUCCUAACUUUUCAGUGCUUCUCUGCAGCUCUGGAUUCAAACAUGUAUCUACCCAGAGGGACUUUAUUUUGUCUUCUUUCCUACAGUGUUGAUGUGAAAUUCCCUCCAUCUUUUCACUCUGUCUGUCUCCUCCUGUGCCAGCGUUCUGCCUCUGUGUCUAUGGAAAGUUGUGAAUACUUCUAUAAGGGGGCACGUAAUGCUUUGUCUAUUUAUUUUUAUAAGCACACAAAGCAAAUUGUACAUACUAUAUUUAUUCUUUAAAUAAGGUUGUUUAUUUUGUCGUUUCCUUUUUGCUCUGUUUCUUUGCCUCUAUGUUGUUGUCCUCUUCCUCAUCUCUUGUGUUUGUUUUCUCUGCAAAUGUCAUUACAGCUUUUUGAUGCCUGCUGCCAUAGAAAGGCAGCAAGGCUUUUAGACAGUGCAGUGCCUAAUACCAGUCUUUACACACCUCACACAUGCACACACAGCGUGUCUCACACAGGGAAAGCAUACAUCUAAAACUAGAUCGGCCUUAACCUAUCAGAGCCAAGCUCACCUCAGAGUAACCAAUCAGGAGUUAGGUUUGCCACAGAGUAGCAACUCUUUAAGUAGCUUGUAUUAAUAAAAGAUGUACAGUAAAUUGAUUGUAAUGAUGUUUAAGUAAUAAUGAAUUUAUAUGAUGCAGAAAUGGAGAGAAGGUCUGAUAUCAGCAAAAAUGAGGUGUUAAAGGCUGAAAACCUUUCAUAGUCUUGUUUUUAAAGGGCAUUUGAAAAUUAUAGUGUCAAAGUAUGCAAAGUUAACUGAUGCAAAUACUGGAAAACCUAAAAAAAAGGUGCAACAUAAUGACAAAGUUUUCUGCUAUUUCCCACUGUGCACAAAGGAUCCAGCCUUUAAAACCCUCACACCUUCUGCCUUGUUAACCCCAGUGCUUCAGACCUUCUAAAGUCAUAAGGAACAGCACUGACCCUCAGCCCCUCCACAUCAGCACUGAGCCUUUAAUUCAGAUUUUGAGUCCAGAGCAAAGGUCUGCCUGUCCUAGACAGCUCUGCUGCCUCUGAGAGUGAUGUCAAAUCAUGUCUUACUGAGCUGAGGUCUUUGCAUUCUCCAUUUUCUUCUUGUAAAACUCCUCUCUCUCUCUCUCUGAGGCCUUCUCCCUGCAGGACUUUGUAAAUUGCUGGAAAUAAAGAACUAUAUU